GACAGUCAGUCCAAUACAACAGAUGCGUGGAAAUUUUUUUGAAACGGAAUGUAUUUUUUUUUUUUUUGGUUAAAAUAUAGCAUAAUUGUGUUUUUUAGUUUAUAGACUAUAUUUGCGGGUAGUCGUUUUAUUAUUAUUGUUAAUAAUAACAUGCAAGUUAGUUAACUGAUAAUAAUAAUAAUAGUGAGCGGAAGCUGUGAGCGGAAUAGUUUACCCGAGACUUGAUGAUGUGAGUUGGCCGAUUUAUCGGUUUAAUUAGUGAAUCGUGAGCCGUGUGUGUCCCUCCGAGAUGCCCAGCAGUGGUGCAGCAGUGAAGGUGAAGAGGAGCAGGCGCCGCAGCAGAGCUCCGAGAGAAGAUCCGGCGAGAAACGAGCUCAUCUCCAUCUCGGUCCAGAGCGCACAGCAGUGUCUCCUCCAGCACGAUUACGGCACCGCGUUCGUCCACUUCCUCCUGGCCCUCAACCUCGCUCCGACUCUGAAAGAUCUGGCGAGAGAUUCCUUCAGGUUCACGGUUCUGAAGUGGGCAGACGAGCUGGACGGAGUCGGUCGCAUCCAGGAGCUUUUCGACUGCUACGAGCAAGCGCUGGAGCUCUUCCCGAAAGAUGAGGUGAUCAUCAACAGCAUGGGCGAGCAUCUUUUCAGGAUGGGAUUCAGGGACGAGGCCGCGGCGCAUUUCUAUAAAGCCUUGAAACUGAAGCCGGAUUUCCCCGAAGCCAAGGAGAACUUCUACAGGGUGGCGAACUGGCUGGUGGAGCGCUGGCAUUUCCUCAUGCUUAAUGACAACGGGCGAAAUCGCAAGUACCAGCUUGCCAUUCAGAGGGCGGUGCAGGAUGGGUGUAGAACCGUUCUGGAUAUCGGGACAGGAACGGGCAUCCUCGGGAUGUGUGCGAAGAAAGCGGGUGCGAACGAGGUGUACGCCUGCGAGCUGUCUAAGACCAUGUACGAGCUGGCGUGCGAGGUGGUCUCGGCCAACGGCAUGGCCGAUAGCAUCAAGAUCCUCCACAAGAAAUCGCUGGAGAUGGAAAUCCCCAGAGACAUUCCCAACAGGGUGUCCUUGGUUGUCACGGAAACGGUGGAUGCUGGACUGCUCGGGGAGGGAAUCGUUGAGAGUUUGAUUCACGCCUGGAAGCAUUUGCUCUUACCACCUCCUGGAAGUAGCCAGAACGCUGAAGAUGUCCCACUGUCCAGUCCUUCCCAGACGGGUCGAGUCAUACCUGCCGGCGCCACAGUGUUCGCAAUGGCCCUGGAGUGCCACGAGAUCCGCAGACACCACAGACUGUGUGCGAGUGCAGUAGGGGGACUGGAUCUGGCUGCAGCAGGACACAUCUGCAGUCCCGUGAGGUAUUCGGGAGACGCAGAUGAGGCGGCAGAGCCGUACACCACUGAGAGACUGAGCCGUCUGCCCGGAGGCUUCACUGCCCUCACAGAGCCCUGCAGGGUGAUGGAUAUAGACUUCAACAACCCACAGGAGCUGGAAGGUCUGUGUCUGAGGGAGGCGGCUCGGUUGCGUAUCCAGGUGAUCCAGGAAGGAGACGUUGACGCUCUGGCCGUGUGGUUUCAGCUACACUUGGAUCAAGAGAACAGCAUCUCGACUGGCCCGGACGAAGACACGUGCUGGGAGCAGGCCAUCUACCCAGUCCCUUCUCACUACAGAGUGAAGUGCAGUGAUGAACUGCUGGUAGAAGUUUCCUGCAGAGACGCUUACCUGAGAGUAUCCUGCGCUGGGGUAAUGAGCAGCAGCCAAAAGCUCCACAUUGGCAGCAUGGAUGAAGCUGCUGCCGCUGCUGAAGUUCCUUCAAAAACUGAACUGGAGCUCUGCAGUGCUCUGGCCGGCCUCCAGACGCACCAUGACCUUCCAGCGCAAUCAUUUACGUUGGAGUGUUCUGAAAUCACUCUUCUCAACAACAUCUAUUAUCAUGAGUGCUUCGGGAAAGCAAUGUCCAAACUUUUGUCCUCCUUCGAGUCACGUGGAUCAGAAGUCAAAGAGGAAUUUUCCUCCUCCUCCUCAGGGCCACUCUUUGUGUUGGAUGUCUCGGAGGGUUUCUCGGUGCUCUCACUGAUGGCAGCGCGAUUAGGGCCCGUGCGAGCCUACAGCUCCGUGGAGAAGCAACACCACCGGGCUCUUCUGCAGCUCUUGGCCCGGGAAAAUGGAGUACACGAGGAUGCGCUGGAGUUCUGGCUCGGCCACGUGGAGGACGACUCGGCCGUGCUACAGAGACCCGACUCGGAAAAGCUGUGGAGCGCCAUCGUGCUGGACUGCGUGGAGAUUUGUGGUUUGCUCAGGCAAAACCUCAUGGAGAAGGCCACCUUAGCUAGUUGUCUCCUGGAGGAAGGCGGCCGCAUUUUCCCUGAGCGCAUCGUGAUCCACGGCAUGCUGGUGGAAUCGGACACGCUGCUCCAGGAGAGCGCUGUGCAGGGAACAGAACCCACGCUCGGCUUCAACAUCGCGCCCUUCAUCAACCAGUUCACUGUACCCGUUCACGUGUUUUUGGACCUGUCCACGCUGGAGUGCACACACCUCAGCGAUCCAGCCGAGAUGUUCGUCCUCGACCUCAUGAACAGCAACAACAACUACACGAGCAGAGACGUCCGGGUUCGAGUGAACGUCUCGGGCAAGGUCACAGCCAUCCCCUUCUGGUAUCACAUCUACCUGGACUCCGAUGUGUGCGUCAGCACGUUCAGGCCGGAUUCACACUGGAAGCAGGUGGCCGUGAUCCUGCAGUGCCCCCUGGUGGUGAACGCGGGUGACUGGGUCAGGCUGAGCGUCCAGUUCCACAAGAGCAGCAUUUCCAUCGCAGCCAUCAGAGAGGAAGAGACUGCAGAUCAUUAAGGGAAAAGCUUGUGCACUUGAUAAAGUAAUUCUGGAUUUCACUUUACAUCUUUGAUAGAAACUCGGUAAAGGAAGCGGCGUCUCUUAAAGGAGCGGCGCGUCAUUUUUACAGCCCUUUUUCGCCAACGUGAUGUAAAACUGCAAUGCAAACACUGACGCAUUUCCCUUUCCUUGAGUUUAAGGAAAAGGGGUGGAGCUAAAUUCAGGGGCAAGGAAAAUGCAUACUGUGUGUGUGUAUAUAUAUAUAUAUAUAUAUAUAUAAAAAGCUUGAAAUGAAGACGCAUGCUACGUUCAUUAUGAUACGCUCCGAGUCUUCUGUUGAGUUUUUUUUUUUUUUUUUUUUAUUUCUAAUGUACAGUGGCCUGGAAGUGUCACAAACCAAAAAUAUACUGGACAAACAAGAUCAGACCUGAAAACGGAAAGGGGAGGUCCUUAAUAAUUGCUCGUGUUUAAAGUAAGAGGAAAUCCGAGUCAAAUUCUACUGAUGCUUUUAUUCAGGUUUAUUUUUAAAAUCAUCAAGGGCAUAUAUGAUUAUAGAUGUAAAGUCAACUCCGAUCUGCAUGCGAUUAUACUUUAAGGACCGCCCCUUUCGGUUCACGUUGGCGUGUUUUUUGCACCUCCAUGCCAUCGUGGUAAUGUUUUGUAACCCUCAGAAGUAGUGGGAUCAUUAAACAACCAAGCACCCUGA